AUGUCUAUCAUUGGUCUAUUGUUAAGGUAUGCCUGGUACAUUUUGACAGUUCUGUGAUUGUGUUGUGACUCAAAAUUUCGUGCCCUUGUGAGUUUUAAACUGAAGAAAUUGCUAAUUAUAAAUUAUAGUGCGCUGUUGUUGUGACACCAUGUUCAAAAAGUUCGAUGAGAAGGAGAGCAUCUCCGGCGUCCAGCAGCUCAAGUCGUCCGUGCAGAAAGGCAUCCGCUCCCGUCUGCUGGAGCUGUACCCUCACCUGGAGAACCACAUCGACCAGGUUCUACCCAAGAAGGACACAUUUCGGAUUGUCAAAUGUCACGACCACAUAGAAAUCAUGGUGAACAGCGCUGGGGAGCUGUUAUUCUUCCGCCAUAGGGAAGGCCCAUGGAUGCCUACGCUUAGACUGCUGCAUAAAUACCCCUUCUUCCUCCCAAUGGAGCAAGUAGACAAAGGGGCGAUCCGCUUCGUGCUCAGUGGGGCAAACAUAAUGUGCCCCGGUCUGACGUCACCCGGGGCACGAAUGUCACAAGUGGAAAAAGGCAGCGUUGUGGCUGUGAUGGCUGAGGGCAAGGAACAUGCGCUUGCUGUAGGCAUUACGUCUCUAUCUACCGAUGAUAUUGCCAAAGUCAACAAAGGCGUAGGGAUAGAGAACUGUCAUUACUUGAACGACGGCUUGUGGCAGAUGAAACCGGUGAAGUGAAGAUCUUUGCUUAAUCUAGACUUGCUAUAAGUUUUUUUUAAUGUAUUAAUAUUAAUGUAACGUGAUUAAAUGGCUUAUUUCUUUUUUAAA